ACUUUUCUUGGAAUGAAAACAAACUUCAGUGGUUUUGCGAUUGAUUCAAAUAAAAGAAAAAUCUUCAAUAUUCAAUAGUGUUGAUAAUUUAGCUUAUGGUAGGUAUUAGGCAAGCAGCCUAAAUUGAACAAAAGUGAGCCGCAUUCCAUAUUGAAAGUGUACCAGAUGGCCACCGGAACGAUGACGGAGGAACAGUUCAAAGCUUUGGCCGAAAGGUUCUUGGAACUGUCGGACCAUAUCGGCGAUGGCUGGGAAUUGAUCACAUCAGAAGGCGGAAACACCGUGUAUUUGAAGAAGCGAUUGAAACAAACUUUGAAUUGCAUUGGGAGCAGCACCACCGCGGAUCGCGAGUUGAUAGCAGAUGAUCCUUCUCUAGCGCUUCCACCAGAGAAUUCAAAUGCAUCAAACUCUGAUGUUUACCAGUUCGAGUACCAUGUGGUGUACAGCGUCAGUUACCAGGUUCCCGUUUUGUACUUCAACGCAUUCAAGUCUGAUGGAACCAUGCUUCGCCUGGAGGAUGCCUGGGACGGUUUUCGCGAUCUGGCACUGGAGAGCCGUGAACAGCUCCGUCAAACUCUCACCCAGAUGGAACAUCCGGUGGUGUUCAAACCUUUUCUAGCGUUGCAUCCUUGUCGAACAGCACAGGUGCUGGGUGAUAUUGCCACCGGCUGUGGGAAUGCGAUUGUUGCUUUCCUUUCGUCGUACGGGCCGUUUGUUAACUUGCAUUUGGACAUUCGGUAUGGCGGAUUAGUGAAAUAAAUGU